AAACAUGGAAGGAAAAACUACUUCAACACAUGAAAUGUAGAGGAAAAAAUUGUAGAUUUUCUGAACAUUUGUUGUUGCUACAUUGACCAUAAAUACCAUAGUAACUCAGUAGCUGUCAUCAUGGCAACUUACACAGAACAAUAUAUAGAAAACAGUCCCUCUCCCGAAGAGAUAAAGGAGAUGAUGGUUCAAAAAGCUCAUGAGUUAUUUGCUGUAUGUGACCUAGAAAAUAAGGGAUUCAUAACAAAACGUGACAUGCAGCGAUUACAAUCGGAGCUUCCUCUCUCUCCAGAUCAACUUGAAGAUGUGUUUGACUCAUUGGAUGAUGAUCAAAAUGGUUUCCUGACCCUAGAAGAGUUCACAGAGGGAUUUGGUAGCUUCCUUGGUCUUGGAGGGUCUAUUGAGAGACACAAUUCCAUAGAGAGUACAACCAGCUCAGAGAAAGUUUAUGGGGAGGAGCAGACGGAAGAAGUUCAGAAUGAGGCUCAUUUUAAGGAUAUGAUGCAGACGGUUGGUGCUAAUGGCAUUUUUGAUGAUCAAGAAACCAUCAAGGCUCUGUGGUGCCGACUCUGUAAGGACGAACCAGACUUGCUGACAGGUUUCGAAGACUUCUUGUCUCGAAUGGCGCUGGAGAUUAAGCGUUCCCAAUCAGACUUUGUCACUCUGGAGUCUGCACUAAGAAGUAAAAGUUCAGCUCAUGACGAAGAAGUACACAGAUUGUAUGAAGAAAUGGAGACUCAGAUAAAACAGGAAAAAGAAAGAAUUCUGACUGAGGAGCAGGCCAAAGAGAAGGUAUUGCGAACUGAAAUGGAGAAAGAAUUAGCAGCCAAGGACCACAUGCUGCAAGAUCUCAUCAACAAACACCAAGAGAUGGAGAGAAAGAUUAAAGAGAUGAAUAUGUCAGAAUCAGAGAUCAAACAGGAGAAUGACUUGCUACAAAUGGAGCGAGACAGACUGGAGGAUCAACUGAAUGAAUCUGUUCAGAGUUUAGAGGACAGUAGGUCAUAUAUCAACCAAUUACAAUCUAUGCACAGAGAAGAGAAGCGAUCUCGGGCCAGGCAUGCAAUGUCUAUCAAUGAAGGUAUAGCUAUGGAGAGAGAGACUCUAGUCACUCAGCUUGAUAGUCUCAGGAAUUUGAAUAAGAAGUUACAAGAUGACAAGGAUGAAAUAGAGGCUUUGAAGGCCAUGUCCAGCACCCCUGUCAACGAGAAGAAAUCAAACCUUGUGAAGCAGGGCUCUAUCAUGUCUAACUAUUUCCUUGGAGACAGUACAGGACACAAAGGCCUUUCCCCAACAAAUUCACGAUCAUUCAACGAAGAUGGCGACUUUUCAACUAUGGCUGAAGAUGAAGACAUUGAAUGUGACGAAUAUGGUAUUCAUAGUAACCAAGCCAAUUACCAUACAAACUAUCAGAAAAUGAAUGGCUAUGGACAGAAUAAUAAUAUAUCCCGCAAAGAGAGAUUAACAAAAAUGUCAGACAAAGGUCGGAGUUCUUCUUUGGCCAAUAGAUGGGACCACCAUCAGUCAUUUCCAACUGUGACGGAAGACAUGACAAGUAGUGACAAUGAUAGCAUGUUCAAUGCACAUUUAGGAGACAGGAAGAUGAAGGCAUUUAGAACACCUCGGUACAAUGCAACAGAACCUGUUAGUGACUCAGAGGAUGGUAGUAGGAAACCUAGACUAUUUAGGCAUAGACACAGACAUUCUGGGCAUGACAGGAACGGCAAUCUACGUCAAGGCAAGCUGAUAGGACACAGUAUUUCACAGCCUGAUAUCUCUGCCUUCAACUCAGUGAACUCAUCGACCCGUGGUCAACCUGUAGGGGGACAUGCUUCUCAGGAUAAAGAGGACACCCAGCCAGCCACACCAGAGAGGUUGUUCAAGGUGGUUUUUGUUGGCGAUAGUGGGGUCGGAAAGAGCAGCUUUAUACAUCAAUUCUGUAAUAAUCAGUUCAAGCCAAGCUUCAGUGCAACUAUAGGUGUUGACUUCCAAGUCCGCUCUGUGACUGUAGAUGGUCAUCUGGUAGCGCUGCAGCUGUGGGACACUGCAGGUCAGGAGAGGUUCCGCAGUAUUACCAAGCAAUACUUCCGUAAAGCAGACGGAGUUCUAGUCAUGUAUGAUGUCACCUCAGAGGCGUCAUUCACCAAUGUACGAAACUGGAUGACAUCAGUUGAAGAGGGGACUGAUGAAGGCACAGUACUUCUUUUAGUUGGGAAUAAAACUGAUCUCUCAGCCAAUGAUAAAGUCCGGCCUGUGAAAACUAAAGAUGGCGAUAAUUUAGCUCAUGAAUUUGAUUCACUGUUUUUCGAGACAAGUGCAAAGUCAGGCGCAAAUGUUGCUGAAGCCAUCCAGGCAAUGGCCAGAGUUCUAACAGAGAAGGAAGAUCGGGAGCUAGAGAAGUCAGUGCAAUUAGGGCAAAAUGGCGAUGUUAAGAAGAAAGGAGGAUGCUGCGGGAAAAGCUAGUGAUGCAAUAAUAGUGUUACUGUAUUAUCAAUUCCUAUGGUGUAAUACCCAGACUACUGGGUAUAGGACCCAAAUGGUAUAGGUGGUAAACUGUGACAGAUGACUUCAAUCAAAAUAUGUGCAAUUUGUCUAAUGUUUGGUGGGUAUGAAGGAAGAAGAAAUAUUAUACAAUAUGAUGACAAUUCAGUUUUAUCUGAAUCCAUCUGAAAUGAAACUUACAUAUCAUAUAAUGGGAUAAU